AGUCAAACUUCCGGCUCAAUACUGCUUUCAGCAUGAUUCCCAAGAUCCUAAUACCCCUGUCAUAGUCACCGCACCGAAAUCUUCGCAAUGCCAUGGACUCACACUACGUGGCGUCCAAUGCUCACGUUCAGUCAAACUUCCGGCUCAAUACUGCUUUCAGCAUGAUUCCCAAGAUCCUAAUACCCUUGCCAUACUCACCGCACCGAAGUCUUCGCAACACUGUGGAUUCAUUCUACGUGGCGUUCAAUGCCCAGGUUCAGUCAAAUUUGCGGCUCGAUACUGCUUCCAGCACGACUUCCCAAAGUGCUAAUACCCCCACCGCACCCACUGCAUCGACGUUGGCAAUAGAAGUGAAUUCACGAUGCCAUGGACUCACGCAGGGUGGCAUUCAGUGCCACCAUUCAGUGAAAUCUCCGACUCAAUACUGCCACCAGCAUGGAUAUCAAAUAAAUAACACCUCUGCCACACCCAUAGCACCGCAACCGACGACAGAAGUGAAUUUGCAGCGCCGACGUUCAGUCGAACCUCCAAUUCAAUACCGUCAUGAGCAUGAGUAUCAAGGCAACAACACCCCUACCACACCCAUCGCACCAACAUUGACAACAGAAGUGAAUUCGCGGUGCCAUGGACUCACACUGCUAGGUGGCAUUCAACCAGUAACAGAUGUGAAUUCAAGUUCACCCUGCGGUGAACUCACACUACGUGCCGUUCAAUGCGAACUUUCAGUCAAACCUUCCACUCAAUAUUGUGAUCAGCACAGACCUCAAAGCGAUGUCGUCCCCACCUCACCCGCCAUAUCUACCAUCCGCAUAACAGCGCAAUGCAAUGCCGAAUCCAAGCCGAAAGGACGCCGAUGUCGACAGUGGGUCUCGAUUGCCCCCGAUCAGCUUACAAACGAUACAUCCCAACCAAUUUAUUGUCGUUUCCAUAUUCCAUCUCUAGUAGGGAUCGUGAAACACAAUGAGAAUGAGGGGUUUAAAGUGCAGCUAGUCGCCGGUCAGCAAGAUAUUUUUGUUCGCUUUUGCGACUAUAUUCCUGAGUAUCUGCAAGAGGAUACUCGGAAAAAACUUCGAAAGGCCAUGACGAGAAAUCUUUCGGAAAGAUCCAAGACACCAGGCUAUGUAUAUGCGCUGAACGUGUUCGACCCCGAGAACGAGGAGAAGCUCUCAUUGAAAAUUGGGUACAGCAAAGAUGUCAAGAAACGCCACGCAGAGUGGAAGAACAAGUGUCGUUCUUCCAUAAAAGAUGUUCGCGGGUGGUGGCCUCUGACCAUAAUCGAAGCUCAAGAUGAUGACGAGUUGGCGAUACAGAAGCUCAUUAGAAAUAAUUGCCAGGGCGACAAGGGUCCGAUGGCUGAACAACUCGAACGGUUGGUGCAUAUCGAGCUCAAGGAUCUGGCAACACAUGCUGCUUAUCUGCAUCCCAAUUUUCCUGACGUCCACUUUUUGGAUAUCCCACGUCAGCCAAAGGUUGAGCUUAAACCCUGCCGUGACUGUAACGGGACCAAACACAAGGAAGUGUUCUCAUUCACGCGCGUCAAGGAAGGUGAAUUCUUUGGGAGGGAAUGGGAAGAUAUCGUUAAACCUGUGAUAAGGAAGUGGGGAUUGUUUCUCAUGACAUAUUUUGCUCAAGGUGGUGCAUGAAUUUUGCAAAUGACUCUUCGACUCAACCUCGACAUUAAGGAUUCCGCUUUAUAUCUAACUUAUUGCGGCGCUGCGUGGACUGUUCGUGAUGUAUUUUGAUCACGCUCUAUCCUGCUUUUUA